AUGGAAAAGCUCGCUUAUGACGAGGAAAGGAUUAUUGAAGAAUUUUCAACAUUAGUACAGAAAAUGAAGUUUGAAAUGAAUUUUUUUGAAAGGAAGCUUCAAACGUGGAGAGAAGAAUACGAUAAUGUUCAGAAGGAUGUAACAAAAUACAUAACAAACCCAAUCAAUGCAUAUUUGAUGAUAAAACGAACCACUUCGGAUUUAAAGCACAUCGAAAGUCGAGUAACAAAUUUAUUCUUUAAAUUCAAUAGAAAUAUCAAAGAUAUUCAACCAUCACAAGAAGAUCUCGACGGUGCUGUUGGUGGUCUUUUGAGACUACAGAAAAUUUACAAAUUGAAAACUGAGGAUAUUGUGAAUGGAAUUAUUGAAGGAGAAAAGACGAGUCGAAAGUUCAAGCCUCAUGAUAUUUAUACGAUUGCUAAGCAUGCAUUAUUUAUUGGAAAUAAUGAUUAUUAUGUAAAGGAGUACAUAAGUGAACUCAGAAAGAAAAUUCAAGAGGAUGGAGACGAGUUUAAAGAAAUUGACGAAAUAUCAGCAAGUAUAAUUGAAAAAUCUCUUACUACAAAAAAUUCUGUUGAUCUUGCUCCAGAGCCUGACUCAUUCAUUAAAAAUAAAAUUUAUUUAAGAAGUAAGGAAAGUAUUCUUUACAGUCAAAUGUGCCGUGGAGAGAACUCUAAAUCACCAAAAGAGAGUGCAUUACUCAAAUGUCGAUACAUUUCCACAUCACCGUUCUCAAAGUUGGCUCCAUUUAAAGUAGAAGAGGCGGAUAUGUCAGCGAACUUAGUUCUAUUCCACGAUGUCAUUUAUGACAGUGAAAUUGAAAUUUUAAAGAAUGCUUCAAAAUCACGAUUUAUUAGAGGAACAAUUUAUACAGAAGGCACAAAUACACAAAAGACGGAUCAAAGGAUUGCCAAAGUUGCGUGGCUCAAGGAUGUCGCUGUUGAUGUUAUUCACAGAAUUUCCAGAAGAGUUGAAGACAUGACAGGUUUGACUACAAAAACAGCGGAAGAACUACAAAUCCAAAACUAUGGAAUUGGUGGGCACUACCAGCCACAUUGGGAUAUGAAAAAGAAGGAAGAAAAUCCGUUUGAUCUUGGCACUGGCAACCGGAUAGCAACAGUCCUCUUUUAUUUGUCAACAGUUGAGAAAGGCGGUGCAACAGUAUUUCCAUAUCUCAAGGUUUAUGUUCCCGCUGUUAAAGGAAUGGCUGCAUUCUGGUACAAUCUAAAAGAUAAUGGAGACUGUGACUAUUAUACACGACAUGCUGCCUGCCCGGUUCUCUUAGGAUCUAAAUGGGUAGCUAAUAAAUGGUUGCAUGAAUAUGGACAAGAGUUUAAUCGACCGUGCUCAACCGGGCAUUAUGUGGAGACUACCGAAGAAAGCUACAUAAAAGAAUUUUAUUAA